UUUUCUUUUCAAUACAGAUGAUAUCAUCUGUAUGAGAUGUAAAACACAACAGUUAAAGCAAUGAAGGGCCCAUGCCCAACAUGUGGGGCAGACACAGACAGUAGUACGGCAAAAUUUUGCAGCGCAUGUGGUUCGAAGUUACAACAAUUACAACAAAAUGCAGAGUCUAUUAGAUGUAACGGUGACGAUGAAGGUAAACCAUGUAUGGAACAAAUCAGUCUGGGUAAAAAGUUCUGUCCCAACUGUGGCAGACAAGUUGAUCCUAAAGAAUUUCUGCUAGGGAAUUGUCAGAAAUGCGGUCAAUAUUGUCCAGCUGCGAGCAAGAUGUGCACGCAUUGUUUACAAACUCUUACCCCAGAACCGAACGAGAGGACACAUCUGGGCAAAUUUGGGACAAAGCGUAUCCAGACCCUAACACGGCCCGUUUCGUCGUUUCUGUCUUGUGAACGUUGUGGUAAAGAACAGUUGGCUCACUGGAAUUUCUGUCUACAUUGUGGCGAAACACAUCGGUUCAAACCUAGAGAACCAAAAGCUCUUGGAACCGAAGAACGAACGUCAUUAAGAACAAACGAUGGUGAGGUACUUGACAUGAAACCCGAUUUGGGAAGUGAUGAGUUCGAUGACCAAAUUUUGAUCACUGAAGCAGAGGCGCAAGUAAUUAUGAAGGUUCUUGAUAAUGAUCAGUCGAGAAAGACAACCCCCCCUGCGAUAGAAAAAUUGUCUAUCCAAUCAAGAUCGGCAAAAACAACUGCGAAUGAUAAUAGUUUUGAUCAACUCCAGUCAACAAAGCAAAAAGUAUCAGUAGUUGCGAGGGUUCUUGGUCUUCAUCGGUCGACAAAGUCAGAGAUUGAUGCGAAUCAGACAGAGGCUGAUGCUUGUCAGAAACCUGAUGGUCAAGCAAAUGCGGCUGCGACUCAAAACGUUGUUGAUCCAGCGGAGGAAUCUGAUUUUAAGAAUGUUCUUGAUCAAUGCGGCUAUUCUGAGUUGAUGCAUCUAAUGGAACGAAGCAACAAUGAAUGGCGGGAUACGAAAAUAGAAAUUGCCAUAACAGGUGAAUCAGGGAGUGGAAAAUCCAGUUUGAUUAAUGCUUUAAGAGGACUUAAGGACGAUGCCCCGAAGCUGCGAUUCCUGGCUGCAUUGAAGCUACUAUGGAGCGAAAAAAUUACCAACACCCCGACAACGCAAAUCUCGUUCUUUGGGAUUUGCCUGGUGUUGGAACCCCAAAUUUCCCACAAGAAACAUACAUCAAGAAGGCAUGUUUUAACGACUAUGAUUUUAUAAUCAUGGUGUCUCAAUCGCGAUAUACCAUAGGUGAUACAUGGCUGGCAGAGAAAAUACAAAAUCUUUUUCCUGACUCAAACCUUUUUUUCGUUAGAACAAAAAUUGACGUCGAUCUUGGAAGUAUCCAGAAAGGAAGAAGCAAACAUAUGUCAGAUGAAGAACUCCAAGGAGUAUUCAGAAAUAUAAAACAGAAUUGUUAUGACAAUCUGAAAAAGGCAAGGAUAAAUAAUCCGCACGUUUUCAUGGUAGAUAACCAUGACACAUCUGCAUUUGAAUUCGGUAAGCUUGCUAAUACGCUCGUUGCGAAGGUCUCCGCCUUAAAGAAAGAUGCUUUAAUAAUGACCAUACA